AUGUCGAACUGGGACCAACUCUACGAUCUGGAACCUCUGCUCCUUACUCCACCCACAGAAGAAACCUCAAAACAACAUUCAUACAUCACUUGUAAACCCUACAAACGAUACGACUCAGACGUUUCCUCCAUCAGCAGUGCCGAAGGUAUCAAUGACUUCGACAGCCCUACCUGGUGGGACAUCCUCGAUCAUGAAGAGGAGGCAAUCCAACGCUACAAGAAGUUCUUGCGCGACCAGUUGCGUAAGGAACAGAGUCAUACAGUCGAGAAGGUCAAGCCAGAGGACACCGUGACGAGGGUAGAAGUGGCGAGAAAAUCGGCAUCAGAUCCAAAGGCAGUCACGCUACCGGAGAGGAGCAAGGAGAACACAGAUCACACCCAUAUUGUGGAAGUGAUGCAAGACUCACACGAUCUGGCUGGACCAGUCGAGUUUUGUUUCUGGUCCCUGAACGGACAACCUUGCCAGUGUGGGAAAUGUUAG